AGGAGAGAACCCGUUGCAUUACCUUCAACCCAUGAGGUCGACGCAGAAACGUUUACUUGAUUUAUCGUGUUCCUCCAUGGGCAAAGUUAUAUUUCAUCUAAAUUUCUUUUCUGGUGCAUGAUGAAAUUGUAUACACCGUAUAACACCGGAGCGACGCAGAAACUCCACCCGACGGCAUUACGGAAGUUACAGUAUCGAGGGACAGAACCAGCUUUACUCCGUACUAAGCAUAUCUUCGCUAUGGAUUGUGACAAAGAGAGCGAUCUCAGCUUCGAUGUAUUCAUCAGCCAUCGUUGGGGAUCAUGCCAGAUAUUUGAGGAACUUUCCUGGGUAGAGACCCUGUCGAGUUCUCGAAGUUUUCUUGCUUGUUGAAAGUGGUUAACACUAGAAGAGGUCGCCGACUACUCCUUCGACCAUAUCGGCCUGUAA